AUGCAACUAUCAGCCACCAUCCACACACACACUAACAGACUGAAACAACAAUCAAAUCAAACAAAAUCUACUGCCACUCAACUCAGCCACUUAUCACAAUCAUCACUUGGUUGGAUCCUUCAAGGCUUCGGCACUGGAAAAGAUUGGGUUUUUUAUGUUGGUUGUUGCGCAUUACUGAGUGCUCGACAGCCAACUUUUUAUCCCAACACCAAAAUAAGAAAGAAAUUAUAA